AUGCCUUCUUAUCAGAACGGCGGUGGCGCGAAUGACAUGGGAUUCAAACUUGGUCCAGUGCACGCCGACUCCCGCGAUAUUUCGGCCGUUGCGCAGACGAUCAGCCUAUCAUUCUCCCGGGACCCUUUGAUACGGUGGCUGCGGCCCCAUGCGCCCCCGUGGACACGAUUCCAACCAGAUACGUAUCGAUGGCAGUAUCGUCGGGUGCAGCGGGCCAUAGUAGAUGGGAUGGUCUUUCGAUCGCUGUCUGUGACGCACCUAGCAGAGUUAGUUCCAUUGAGAGACCAGAAAUCGAAACAGUCGGAGAUAGUCUCAGAACACAUUACCGAUGAAGGCACCGAUGCAGAAGCCGCUGUGUUACUUGUCCCUCCGAAGAAAAGGCUACGUUGGACGGUGACUCGAGUUCUAUAUGCUAUCAAGUUGUGGAUUUUGGAUAAGUUGUCUCCUGUGCCCGAUAAUGGUGGCGAUGAGAAGCGACUCGAACAAAUGAUACGUGGACAUGAUCAGGCGUUAGAUAAUGUUAGAACUAAGUAUCAAAUCGACGACCUCUGGUAUCUGGAAGUGGUAGCUGUUCAUCCUUCACUUCAAGGGCGAGGACUAGGAAGCAAAGUGAUGAAUUGGUUGCUGGAUUACACAGAGGGUCAGCCCAUCGUGCUUGAAUGCACCGCGGAACGGAAUGUCUGGUUUUAUGAGAGUCUAGGAUUCAAGGUAGUUGAGGAGAUUGACCUGGUUGACAACGGCGAUACAGUCAAAUGCUGGGUAAUGUUGCGGCAAGCGACACCACGACAGGGCGAAAAUUGA